AUCACAAGCAAAUUUUUUAAAUAUGGUUCAAAAAACAUUUAGAAUGUUAAGAGAAGGCAAUUGGAAGAGGACAAGAAAUUUUUCUACGUAUUUGAAAUCUGUUACUCUUAUGUUUCCUGAAUACAGAGGAAUAGGACAUUAAAAAAGGAAUGCUACUUUUCUUGAAGUGCUGCUGCUAAAAGUAUAACAAAUUAUCCAUAAAGAAGGGCAAUAGAAGAAGAAAUAAAUGGAAUGUUUUUGUUUUUCCUGAUUAAACUUGAGCAAGAUUUGGCGACUUUUUACUUUAUUACAAGGAAGUUAAGAAUAUUGAAUGAAUAUGAAAAUUUUGAUUAGAAAAAUUAAGAAGGAUGAAAAAGAUACUUCUAAUUUUUUACUGGAUUUGAAAGCAACUUCUCAUUCACCUGUGUCUUAUUUAAAUCGUAACAAAAUUAAGCCCUCUAUAAGCUUUUAAAUACGUAAAGAUUUUGCUCACUCUGUAGCUGGAAAGAUAAGUUCUUAUUCUUUUUAUUAGUUAUAGAAGUGCUAACCUCAGAAUAUCUCUCCAUAGUUUUGGAUUUUGAGCUAUAUUUUACAGUGAUAAUAAUUUCACUAUCAUGUGUUAAUAUUUCUGCCUUUUGAAUAAACCAAGGCAUUUUAGCAAUACAUGAAAGUUAGUUUUAAACUUAGUGCUAUUUUUUAACUGUUUAUUGAAAACCUGGAGUACACAAAAAGUACAAGAAUUCAUGUUUACAAUUUUGUGAAAAUAUAAUGUAAUGACAUACUACAUAACUGUAUUAGCAAUAUGUGUGACUUAAGAACUAUGAUAUUAGUACUUAUGUAUAAAUGUUCCUACGUUUUGUCACUACAUGUAGAGGUGACGUGCCAAAUAUGACGUUAAGUCUCAAGUGUGUCCCUUCAUGGCAGCUAUAUUUGUAAAAUCAUUCUCCUUGAUGUCCAAAUCUUGUUGUGAUUACUUUGUUGUAUGUACGUGAUUUUAAACUAUUAUGAGUGCUGCUAGGAUGAUCCACCUACAUCUAUCCAUUUUUAUUGUAAUAACAAUAACUUUGAUUGGCCCUUCGAGCCAGAACUCGAUGACUUCAAUGUUCGAAUCUAAACAGUUCGACGAGUCUGUUUGGCAAGAAAAUCCUCCGGCCGGUCCACGCAUACCGAAUGUCUACCUUGGAGCAAUCAUCCCUAAAUCCAACUUGCUUUCCCUUCAGAGGAUGUUCUUUAAAAGGAUUUCAGACACCGUUGACAGCAUAAAUAACAAUAAAAUCAAACUUUAUGACUUCACCUUUACGAAACAUUUCAGGAUAGGCCGUGGGCCAUGGAUGAUGAUGAAUCUCGAAGCUAGUCCAAUGGAUAUUUUGAACACACUUUGUAAGAACCUUUUAGCGCAUAAUGUUAUUACAGUUAUAUAUCUGACUAACAAUGAAAUAUACCAAGGAAAUGCUGCAUCUGUACAAUAUUUACUUCAACUAACAGGUUACCUGGGUUUACCUGUUAUAGGCUGGAAUGUGGACAAUGUAGGCUUAGAAAAGAGAGUGACAAACUCAAAGGUUUUGCAAAUGGCUCCAUCUGUUGAGCACCAAGCUGAAGCUAUGCUUAGUAUACUGAGAAGGUACUCUUGGCAUUCCUUCGCAGUGGUCACUACCAAGUUAGGUGGACAUGAAGAUUUCGUACGAGCCCUUAGAGACCUUAUUCAAAAGAUGGUUUAUCAUGAUUUUAAAUUUACAAUAGUGGAUAUCGUUACCUUAAAAGGAAAAAAUAAAGAUGAAAUUCGGAAUGAACUUGAGGAUUUAGCAGACAGUGAAGCAAGGAUUAUGCUUCUUUUUGCUACAAGGGACCAAGCUAAGGAAAUAAUGACAGCAGCUACGGAUUUAGGACUGACUAGUAAAAACUACGUCUGGAUAGCAUCACAGACCGUAGUGGGCACUAUUCUGGAUAGUUCCAUUUUCCUCCAGUUUCCCAUAGGAAUGCUAG